AUGGAAUUCCUCUCUGGCCUGGGGAUAAAGCAAAAGUUCUCCUCAGUAGAACACCCCCAAACAAACGGGCAGGUAGAGGCUGCAAACAAAGUCAUCCUUCUUGGUCUAAAGAAGCGCCUAGACAGCAAGAAGGGAAACUGGGCCGACGAACUCCCCUCCGUCCUAUGGUCCUACCGGACAACCGAGCAAAGCGCCACGGGAGAAACCCCCUUUCGCCUAACCUAUGGGGUCGAUGCGGUAAUACCAGUUGAAAUCGGCGAACCAAGCCCCCGACUACUCCUCGCGGGCAUGAGCGAAGCGGUUGAGAAAGACCUGAUCGAAGAAACAAGGGAGAUGGCUCACCUAACAGAAACGGCGCUGAAACAAAGAAUAGCCCUGCGUUACAACGCAAAAGGUAAGGGAGUACUCGGCAAGGGCGCUUACAAACUCGAAAAACUGGACGGCAAGGAAAUACCCAGAACAUGGAACGCAAGUAACCUAAAGAGGUUCUACUUCUGA